CGGCAGUAUCACAAUGGAUGACGGAUAAACAGCUGAUCAAGGCCCCUGGUGAAAUACAACAGAUUAAAGCUCCUGGUGAAAUACUUGUCGCUUCUGAUGUGCAUCGGAUCGCGGACAAACAGCCGAUUCAAGAUCCAGAUCGGACCGAGAGUCACAAUGUAACUGCGAAUCAGUGAAGUCAAUAUCAGAUCUAGCUAGCAAAUAUUGAAUUAACCGAUGGACGCUUGGCAGAAGCUCAUGAAAGCACUCCAAAAGAUAGGCAUUAUGGGAUCAAAGGUCAAUGCAUGGGAAAGAACGAACAGUGUAAAUCGAUGUACUACUAAACUAAUCUCAUCUGAUCUUGAUCAUGGCUAAAUUAAUACACACAGGCAUGUGUUGCCUAGCCAGUGAAUUAAUACAUGUCGCUUCUGACGUGCAGCCGAUCUCGGACAAAGAGCCGAUUCAUGAUUCAGAGAAAGGCGAGGUGGUGUGUACCACGGAGAGCGAGACCCUCGGUCACUCUGAAACUUGCGAAGUCGACGGCGACGUCCGCACCAACGGCACUGCCUUGUCGGUGACCCUCGUCCCGGCGAGCUGGAAGGAGCGCCGCGAGUGGAUGAUCUCACCAUACUCGAAAGCGGAGAUCAUCGUCAAGAACGUCACCGUGACGCAGCUGCAGGACCGGGCCACCGCCCCGCCGUGCACGGUGACCCACAGCAUGCCGGCCGUCCUGUUCGCAAUCGCCGGGCACGCGGGCAACUACUGGCAUGACUACACCGACAUUCUGGUGCCACUCUUCGUCGCGUCGCGGCGGUACCGCGGCGAGGUCACGUUCCUGAUCAGCAACAUCCAGUAUAGGCCGGAGUGGCUGGUCAAGUACAAGACCUUGUUGCGGGGGCUGUCCAAGCACGCGUGGGUGGACAUGGAGGGCGACACGGAGGUGCGGUGCUUCCCGCACGUCACGGUGGGGCUCCGCGUCGACAAGGAGCUGACGAUCGUCCCCGAGGUGGUGCCGGGGGGCCCCCUCUCCAUGGCGGACUUCACCCGAUUCCUGCGCGAGACCUACGGUCUCCCACGCGGCGCGGCGGUCAGCCUGACCCGUGAGCCGGACAAGAAGCCGCGGCUGCUGCUGAUCCACCGGGGGCACUACCGCCUGUUCCUGAACGAGCCGGAGAUAGCGCAAGCGGCGGAGGCGGCGGGGUUCGAGACGGUGAUGAUGGAGCUGCGGGCCAACGCGUCCGAGGCGGAGCAGGCGCGGGUGGUGAACUCGUUCGACGUGCUGCUGGGCAUGCACGGAGCCGGGCUGACGAACGCGUUGCACCUGCCGCCGGGCGGCGUGGUGAUCCAGGUGGUGCCGUACGGGAACAUAGAGGUCCUGGCGAGGGCGGAGUUCAGCGAGCCCGUGACGGACAUGGGGCUCAAGUACCUGGAUUACAGCGUGAGCGUGGAGGAGAGCUCGCUGCUGGAGACGUUGGGGCCGGAGCACCCGGCGAUCAAGGAUCCCGAAUCCAUCCACCGCAGCGGCUGGACCAACAUGUUCGAGUUCUACCUCGCUAAGCAGAACGUCCGCAUCAACACCACCCGCUUCGCGCCAACCCUGGCGCAAGCGUUCGACCACCUACGCCAACAGUAAGGGGGCAGAGAGAAGAAUGUUCUUCCUUUGUGUUAGAAAAUACGCGAAUAUAUCAUUGUAGAAAGAAAAUGAAAGAGACGAUAUUUGUUAAUGAGGUUCACCAUCACUA